ACUGGUGAUACAUUUAAAAGCAAGCCAAGAUUGGAGCCGUACAGAGUGGGUAAUGCAAAUUUGUAAUGAGCCAAAACAAGCGCUAAUGUUUUAGCACUGUUUUAGCGUCAUUAGUCCACGGAGUGCUGUCUUAUGAAGUCGUGACUGACUUAAUGAUCCAGUCCUCGCUCUUUCGUCCCUGCCCCUACCGGUUCCACCCCUGCGGCUGUUGUCUGCUGCUAUGUGGCAGGUGGCUAAGCGAAGAGAUGUGAUGCAUUACGAGAAGCUGGAGGAGUUUGUGACUCUGGUGACCGAGGCCAUUCCAGAGCUGCUGAGUCACAGGCAUAGAGCCCAGCUCCUUCUGGGUCUGAGAGCACGAAUGGUUCUGGAGUUGUGCCGAGGCCUGGCUGACCCCCAAACCAUUCAGCCUUAUCUGGACAGAAUGCCCACUGUUUCUCCAGGGUGUGCUGGAUACAGAGACGCAGAGGUGGAAGCUUCUGAAUCCAAUUUUGUGAUGCUUGUCCAAUCCCUGCUUAAAGACCCAGUUGAGAGGGAGUGCUUUUUUCAGGACGUUUUCCCGGACCAAUAUGGCCUAGAUUAUGACACAGCAGUGGAGACGUUAACAUGGGAGUUCCUGUCCAGACUGGAACAACUGUUUCCAGUACCUGACCUAAAGCAGACUGCAAUGUGGCUGAGCUCUGCCCCUUCAAUCCUGGAGGAGUGUGUGCAGUCCAGCCCAGAGAAUCUGGUCCUUAUUCUCCAGCACCAUAAGAGUUGUGAACAUUUCCAAGUACCCCCUGCUCUCUCCGCUUCCAUGGGCGACCACAUCCUUUCCACACUGGCCACCCCAAAAAUGGUGGUCGCCACUCAGCCAGACACUUUUGUCAUCAGGUCAGAGUCGGCACACGACUCUGCCGACGUGCUGGGCCCCAUCUCUGUAGAGGACACUGACGCCGUGGUCGUGACCGUUUUCACCGAAGUCGAGAUCGGAACGACGGAGGUCAAGGAAGAGCUUGUGGAGGCGACAAACGAGGAAUGCGACCGGUCGGACCCGCCUGGAACGAGGGAGGAGCUGGUUGAACUGAAGGAUAGGCUUGAAUUUCACUGCGUGGGGCAGGAGACAUGUGGCGCCGAGGUAGAGGUGGACGCGUUGAGCGUAGAGUCGGCACAAACGGGUGAGGCGGUUCACGUCGGCGAAGACAAGGUCCAAAGUGAGGCGGUGACGGUCAGGUGGGCGGAGUCUGGGACUGUACGAUCAUGUGCAAACCAGGCGGGGGAAGACACUUCCCACACGGUCACCAUUCAAACCCAGCAACCGGCAUCGUCAACAGUGAGGCGAUCUACACGGCUCCAGUCGAAGACCCCGAGGAAUUGGAGAAGGAAAGGAAAGAGGGAGCAGGAAGGGUUGACAGAGAAAAGGAACAGUUCCGAAACCCAAAGUGUAGAUUAUGUCAUCGCUACCAGGGGAAAAGAAGCAGCAGAAUCUUAUAAGGAGAUCCCCCUCACCUGCCCCAAGUGUCCCUACCACAGUCUGGAGGAAAAGAGCCUUCAACUCCACAUGCAAAGUGUGCAUACAGAGGAUUACAACCAGCUCAGUGUUUCUGGAAAGAAAGCAGCAGACAUUUCACCAUGUCCCAAUAACACUGAAAGCCCAGAUAAUCAAAUCGCUAAUGCCAGGACUCCCACAGAAGCGAAAGGCAACAGGAACUCGCACACAUGUGCCACGUGUGGUAGAAUCUUUACCCGCUCCUCAGAUGUGAGGAGACACCAGCUCACCCACACAGGUGAAAGACCUUUCCACUGCUCUCAAUGUGACAGGACCUUUCAGCACUCAUGGGACCUAGCCAAGCAUGAGAAGAAACACAAUGGAGGGUCUAUCUCUUUCCCCUGCCUGCAGUGCGGGACCUCGUUUGCCAACCUCCGCGCUCUGACUGCCCACCACAGAAGUUCCCAUCUCGGUGAAAGUGACCUGCCUCAUCUCUGCUCCAUCUGUGGCCAGAGCUUCCCCUUCUCCUCUGAGCUGCUGGAGCACAAGAAGAGUCACGGCGCAAGCCUCCAGCACAUCUGCCAGCAGUGCGGCGAACGUUUCGACUCCCUGCUGGCUCGAUCCCAGCACCGACAGACCCACCUGGUGAAGCGGCAGUUCAAGUGCCCACACUGCGACAAGAGCUACACGCGCAAAGCUGAUGUGAAGCGGCACAUGUUCACGCACACCGGAGAACGACCACACCAGUGCAACCAGUGCGGGAGGUGCUUCUCCCUGCCCUUCUUGCUCAAGAAGCAUCAGACCGUUCACAUGGGCGAGCGUCCUUUCCAGUGCUCCCACUGCCCAAAACGGUUCACCCUGGUGUCCAUCCUGAGCAGGCACGAGAGAAUGCACACAGGGGAGAGGCCCUUCCUCUGCUGUCAGUGCGGAAAGAGCUUUCUGUCCCAAGGCGAGCUGUCAAAACAUCACCGAUCCCACACAGAUGAGAGGCCAUAUGCCUGCAAUCAGUGUGAGAAGAGGUUUAAGAGCAAAAAAGCCCAGCAGGAACAUAUAAAUUCCCACGCUGGCGUGCGACCUUACCCGUGCUCCUACUGUGGGAAGGGAUUCACAAAACCGUACGCUCUGACCAGGCACCAUCUCAUACACACGGGGGAAAGACCAUUCCCUUGUGCCCACUGUGGAAAAACAUUCCUCACCCCCGCAGAGGCACAGCUACACAUGCGCAUUCAUACGGGGGAGCGUCCUUACCCCUGCCCAGGGUGUCCGCUGAGGUUUCGGAGUUCGUCGGAGUUGGCACGACACAAACGGGUCCACACAUGGAUUCAGACGUUCACCUGUAACCAGUGUACGAAAAGCUUCCCCACCUCGGCUAAACUGAAGAAACACAUGGAGCUCCAUUAAGGGAUGAGGAAACAGGCUGGCGAAGCAUUGACAGGACACUGAGCCCUGUAUGUCAAGGAUAGUCACGAAUCAGCAAAAAUAAGUAAUGCAGACUUAAGCAUUUUUGUACAGGUGAAAAAGGAUUUUGCAGAUGGUUUUCUUUUAACACCUUGUUUGUCUCUAAUAACUUAGUUAUCUUUUUAGGCUAGCUCAGGGCCAUUGCAUUGAAUUAUAGCUUUUAGUUAUAGUUGUGAAUGAUCCAAAGACUGUUGAAGUUAAUUGCUACUUGAUCAUAUGUUUUACAAAUUAUAUUGUAAGACUGUUCAUGCGCGGUGUGUUAAAUGUAGUAAAAAAUAAAUCAACAGCAGCA